ACUCUUUUCAGGUGACGUUCAUUGGCGCUCUCCUGCCGUCAAUCACAUGUAGGCGGUGUCAGCUGACAAAUGAUACUUCCAGUAAGUCCUCACAUGCUGUACGCACACAGAGUCAACAGGCUGUUCGGGGCGCAGACGGAACAUCACUACGACUGGAUAACAACAACAAAGCAAAGCGGGUCAACACACUGUGGACACUCACACAACUUUUGUUUCUCAUGAUCGGACUUUUUUAGAAACUCUUUUUACUGUUGUUAACCCUGAUUUAUUCUUUUUUCUUUUUACCGGCUUGGGAUGUGACUUCUUCCAGUGCAGACUUUGCGCCCAGGCGGUGGAGCACUGUUUUCCUCCCGGACAGAUUUAUCCCGUGUUCGCUCACAUUUCCAAGGCGAAGUUGCUACUUUUUGAGGGACGACAGGUUCGUCACAUUUACGUGACAUUGUAACACAUCUCCGUCACCCCCCUCCAUCUCGACCAUGGCGGAAGCGGCCCAGCAGCCACACCUGGUGGAAAUCGACCCGGAUUUUGAGCCCCUGUCGCGGCCCCGGUCGUGCACUUGGCCCCUGCCCCGGCCGGAGUUCAUCAACCCGGGCGACUCCAACACGUCCUCGCCUGUGCCGUCUGUGAAGCAGGAGCCCACCGGCAACGCCGACUUCAUCAACAACCUUAGUCUGCUGGAGGAGACCGAAGACUUCCCAGAGCAGAAGCCUGUCAUCCUGUGCACUGAUUUCCAGUGUCAGGAGAACUGCAUCCACCAGCAACCUCCACAGCAGCAGCAGCAGCAGCAACAUCAGCAGCAACAUCAGCAUCACCCGAACCCGCAACUCCCGCAUCAUCACCAUCAGCAGCAGCAGCAGCAGCAGCAGCAGCAGCAGCAGCAGCAGCAGGUGCCUCUGCUCUCCUCCCCUGUCGGCUCUUCGUCCUCGGCGGCCGCAGCUGCCGCCGCUGCCCAGAGGAAGAGCAGCUCCUCCCGGCGAAACGCAUGGGGGAAUAUGUCAUAUGCAGACCUCAUAACCAAAGCUAUCGAAAGUUCUCCCGAGAACCGACUAACUCUGUCUCAGAUUUACGACUGGAUGGUGAAGAGCGUGCCUUAUUUCAAGGACAAAGGCGACAGCAAUAGCUCCGCAGGCUGGAAGAACUCCAUCAGGCACAACCUGUCGCUGCACAGCCGCUUUGUUCGAGUCCAGAACGAGGGGACAGGAAAGAGCUCGUGGUGGAUGCUAAACCCAGAGGGGGGGAAGAGCGGCAAGUCCCCGCGACGCAGGGCGGCCUCCAUGGACAACAACAGCAAGUUGACCAAGAGCAGAGGAAGAGCAGCCAAGAAAAAGCUGUCCCUGCAGGGCGGCCCUGACGGAGGCGCAGACAGCCCUGGCUCAUACUCCAAGUGGCCUGGCAGCCCCAAUUCCCACAGCAACGACGACUUUGAUGCAUGGAACAGCUUCAGGCCUCGGACAAGCUCCAACGCCAGCACUCUGAGUGGCCGCCUCUCACCCUUCAUGCCUGAGGAUGACCUCGGGGAGGCAGACGUGCAUAUGGGCUAUCCAGGAGCCCCAGGGGCCAAGAUGACAGCAACGCUGCCCAGUCUAACAGAGAUGACGGGCUCGUUGGGACAUAGCUCUGAGAAUGUCAUGGAAAACCUUCUGGACAACCUGAACUUGCUCUCGCCCAACAACUCUCAGGUUGGAGGAGGGGCGACAACCCCUGGCUCCUCCCAGUCCUCCCCUUCUCCUAUGAUGCAGCCAAGUCCUGGGUACCCAGCUUACAGCUCCCCCAGCAUGGUCUCACAGACUCAGCAGGAGUACCGCAAGUGUGGGUAUGGUCAAGCAGGAAUGAACACCCUGUCGUCCAUCCCGCUGCAGACACUGCCAGAGAGUAAGCCCAGUUUUGGGCCCUCUAUGGGCCAGUACCCUGCAGGGCUUCUGAAAGAGCUGCUGACGACAGAUACAGACCAGCACGGAGAGCUCAUGCCAUCAGUGGACACCGUGGUGUCUCAGUCCAGCGGAAGCUGCAUGCUGCCACCAUACAGCAGCAGUCAGCAUGCAGCCAAACUAAUGGCAGGGAACGGUCACCUGCAUGCUCUCUCUCACUCUCAUCCCCACAAUGUCCACAGCCAAGCUCCGGCCACGUCACCGGCUAUGAAUGGCCGCUUGCUCAUGCCCAUGAGCCACACUGGGGGCAAUGUGCGUUUGGCUACAGCCAAAAGCCCUAUGCAGAUGCCUUACGGCCUCUCCAGCCGCCUCAGCGGGGAAGUCAUGUCCGGUGGAUUCUGCCCUCCCAACAUCAACGGAUACGGUCGACCAGGCCUGCCACAGCCCUUACACCAAGAGAAGCUGCCCAGCGACCUAGACGACAUGUCCAUCGAGAAGUUUGAGUUUGACAUGGAGACAGUCCUCCAUGACACUCUGAUGGACGGGGACUCCCUGGACUUCAACUUUGAGCCAAUGGUGACCCAACAAGGUUUCCCUCAUGGAGUGAAGACCACCACACAUAGCUGGGUGUCAGGGUAGAAACUGUAGUGUGAAUUUAAAAAAAUGUGUUGAUGUUGCUGUUUGGUAAAAGACAGAAUCAGAACUCAUUUGAGAUAAAAAAAAAAUAUAUCUUAGGAUGUUCAGUCCUCAUCCCAACUUUCUCCUACAGUUUCUGGAUCAUCAACAUUUCUGUUUUCAAGAUACUUUUCGGAUCACACCAGGAGACUGAAAUUGGUCGUGAUCUGCUAAGAACACAUCUCCAUUAAUGUCCCUGACGAGAAGAAAUCUGAAUUCUUUUUUUAAAAAAUAUCAAAUAUUCUGUACAAACUAAGUGCCAAACAUUUUGCCUUAACAUAAGAGCCAAACUGAAACACACCUCUCUGGUUUACUUUUAAAGGUUACAGAUAGCAGCAGCACAAUCUGUAGAAGUGCUCAAACUCAUGCUGUUUACUGUGUUUCCACAAUCAAAGCUUUUGUAUGUACAGUAGUGAUAAUUGAUUACCACUACGUAAGAAUUAUGAAGGUAAUCUGGCUCAUGGGUUUGUGGACUGGGUAAGCGAGAGACUUCUCAAGGGAUCCUCGGGUGAUGUUACAUAAUAACUCACUUUGUUAUUGCCUGAAUGUACAUAAUGUCAUCAUACGGUUUGUAAAAUCAGGUCUCGUAGUGUGUUUUUCUAAGACUGUAAAUAGUGUUUACAGAGCAGAAGCAAAAAUCAAGGCAGCAGAAAUGAGCUCACAGAGAAAAACUGGAUCCGAUUCCUUUAAACACGUCGCAUGGACACGUCUGUGCUUGAGGUUUCUUCUUAAUCAGGCUGUAAAAUGGUAAUACACUUUAAGAUUUCUUGUACAUACGUUAAGAAUGUAUAUUAAAAUGAUAUAGUAGAUGUUUACUAGAUUUAGUAUAUAUUUGAGACCUAAAUUAUUUGUGGUUGAUAUAGAUUUAUGCUGGUGCAUAACCUGCUCUCAGACAUCAGAAUUGUUCUGAGUCAUUCGUCACUCUGAACCUUAAUACCACAGGGGCCUAUUUAUUGUGCCUAACAAAGUAAAUAUCGACUACAGGCUUGAAGGUAUUUUAUAUUGUAAAUGUCUACGGUCCAGAAGAUACUCAAAUCCAGCAGUCUUGAAGAAAAGUACAGUGAAUUUUUUUUAUUUUUUUUUAUUUCCAGUUCUCUGCUUUCACGUUUUUUUAGAAGUCUAGAAGAAACAAGUGACAGUAGAUUGUUUUUAUUAAGGUUUCCUGAACGCUUCGCAAUGCUGUGAAUGUUAAGAGGUCAAGGCAGGUUGGUGGAUAAAAGAUAUUCUCAGCGCUACUGUUGUUUUUUACCCCAAGGCUGAGUCCAAGACCUGCCAGAGAUUGUCAUUAUAGAGACUGUGAGUAAGCAGCCUGUCCCAUGUCAGAACUUUUUGUUUGUUUCUUUCACUCAGACGGUUACUAUGACUGAUUAAAUUUAGCACAGUAUGAUUCCUUUUUUUGUCCAAAAGAGCCCUUUGCUGCUGUCAAUAGGAUCAGCUUUACUAUUUUUAAUGAGACUCCACUUUUACCUUUACUACCCCUCCUACCUCUACCUAUCUCUAUGUCUUUUUAAGCAUUUGAUAUAACAUUAACACGUGACUUGAUAACUCCAGUCAUCUUUUAAAUAACAAGUCUGUUUUCAUUUUUUUAUUUUUUAUUUUUAAAGUUGCCCCUGAAAAGCGCCACUAAGUGUUAAGUAUCAUAUCUAGCUUGUAUAUUUGCAUUUCCUGACUUGCUUUUUUCACUUAUUGCUGUACUAACAAUGAGCUUGUCAGCCUGUCAGUGACUCGCAGGGUCACAAAUAGUGUACAAGGUUUUUUUUGCUACCUUUGUGAAGAUGGUGUCUGUAAACAUGACUGCUUCUCAUGAAGUCGACUGAUUCGGUGGCUUAGAGAUAUCAAAACUGAAAACUGCCUAUUUGACAUUAAAGUUGUGUGAUUUUUUUUUUUUUUUUUUUUUUUUUCCAGACACCACAUAUGUCGGCGGUUGUCUGAUUAUGUGUUGUCAAGGGCUCUGAGUAUGCAAGCUUUUUAUUUGUCAUACUACGAUUGAGCUCGCCUCGGAGAGGAAAGUUCUUUAAUUAGUUUCGGCAUUUGGUUGAAACAAAAAACUUUCAUACUUCAGACCAGUAAUGGCACAUAAUCUGACACCGCUGACAUAGAUUUUAAGAAAGCCAGGGAGCGCAGGAGGUUUAACAAUUCUUAACUUUUCAAAAGGCCCUGCAGAGACGCCGUUAAAGAAGCUGCUGUUUGGCUUUGGUGCCAGGUGUUGCCUUUUCUCACCCAAACAUGCCAUAGUGUACUAUAGCCAAAUUUGCCUUUGAAGUUAAAGUGAUAUAUUAGCAUUUUUAUCAUGUGAUAUGUUCAGAAUUAUAUAUAUAUAUUUGUGCCGGUCACUCAAGUCAGGAUAAACUGUAAUGAAUCCAUGUAGUCAGUGUCACAGGGUUCACUCUAAAAGUAAAAGAGCUGUACUAAGUAAAUUAUAUCUCUACAUUUUUAAAUGAUUGAAUCUAUGCAUUGUAUUCCUUAAUUUUAUGUUGCUAUUGUUAUAUUUUCUUUUUCUUUGAACUUAUGACAGAGAUAUUUUAUUGUAACAUAGCGCUGUGAGAUAUUAUGGUGUUGUUGUUGUCAAAACUCUAUGUUCCAAGAUAGUUAUAUGGGGAAAAAAUGAAGUUUAUUUAGAAAAUAGAUGAUGCAGUGAUUAAUAUGCUAAGCUUUUGUAAACUGACAAUGUCGUAUUUCUUGUAUUUAGCUACAGUUUUUAGAAAAUAGCAUCAAAAAAAGCAAAUUACUGAAAAAAAAGGUAUAAGAUAUAUUGCAUUUUUAAAAAUGAAAAACACAAUAUUUAGUCUGUCCUGCUCAAAAUGCAGAUUCUGGACCAUUUUUUUGUAAUUUUAUGAGUAGAAUGAUAUGGCACUUUUACUUACAUUUUAUAACAAAGUGCUCCUCGUAACAAGAGGAAGAGUUCCCAUUAAAUAUUUUAAAAUAAAAAAAAUCUGUUACAUUUAACUUAUAUCCAGGAAUAAAUUGGACUUGUGCUGUGUGAUUUGCAAUCAAUACAAAUAUGUAACUUGUUCAAUAUUAAUGUAUUAAGACCUGAAUAAAUGUACUUCUGUGUUAAA